AAAGACUGGCACAACACCGGGCAGGACUCCGGGCAGCGGCACAUCGGGCUGGACUCCCGGGCAGAGGCACAUCGGGCUGGACUCCGGGCAGAGGCACACCGGGCAGAGGCACAUCGGGCUGGACUCCGGGCAGAGGCACAUCGGGCAGGACUCGGGCAGAGGCACAUCGGGCAGGACUCCGGGCAGAGGCACAUCGGGCAGGACUCCCGGGCAGAGGCACAUCGGGCAGGACUCCGGGCAGAGGCACAUCGGGCAGGACUCCGGGCAGAGGCACAUCGGGCUAGACUCCAGGCAGAGGCACAUCGGCUAGACUCCGGGCAGAGGCACAUCGGGCUAGACUCCGGGCAGAGGCAC